GUAAAACAAACCAAAACCCCUCCAACCGCUAUAUAUUAACUCCCGCACUUGCUAAAAAAUCAACAGUCCAACCAAAUCCCCAAAUCACCCAAAAACCCUAAGGCUUCCCUAAUUGUUUGUACCCGUUACGCUCUCCCCAUUUAAAUCAAUCCAAAUACUGCCAUAAUCCGAGGGUUCGUAUUUGGGGGUUGGGGCUAGGGUUUUAGAGAAACCAACUCUUUUUAUUCUUUGAAAAAAUUUGAGAAAUGGCGACAGCCACGGAAGCUGCUAAGGGACAGGUGACGCCGAAGAGAAAGCCGGUGUUUGUGAAAGUGGAGGAUUUGAAUCCCGGUACAAGUGGGCACACUUUGAUCGUGAAAGUGGUGGAGACGACCCCAGUCAAGACUUCUCAGAGGCCCAAUAGGUCCCGUGCUAUCCUAUCACGGCCCGCCCCUCCUGCCCGUAUUGCUGAGUGCGUUGUUGGGGACGAGACUGGCACCAUCAUCUUCACUGCUCGCAACGAACAAGUUGACGUUAUGAAGCAAGGAGCAACUGUGAUUUUGCGCAAUGCUAAGAUUGUUAUGUUCAAGCGAACAACAAUGAGGCUAGCAGUUGAUCAAUGGGGACUUAUUGAGGUCACUGAACCUGCUAAAUUUGCAGUCAAAGAAGAUAACAAUCUCUCUUUAGUUGAAUAUGAGCUUGUUACUGUUUCUGAUCAGGGUAUGAAUUAGGGGCUGUGACUGAGUGAUUGGGAAGUUAAUAUUUUGAAAGUAACCUAAGGGCUUGAUGCUUGUUUUUGUGUCAUAAACAGUCAUUUGAGAUGCAGCUUUUAUUAGUAUGGGACACAUUUCAUUGUGAAAUUUGUUUGGUGUUUCUCUUUCCGUCUUUUUA